AUGCUUCUGAAAUGUGGGCGAGCGAUGCUUCGGCACGAAAGUGCGCCGGCUUUAUUUCUAGUGAUGACGCAAGUAUCGCUUCUCCGAGAGAUAAUCUCCGGCCACCGUAAGCACGGGUCUGCGGACGGUAUUCAUAUGUGUUUUAUGAAGAGUGUGAAGACUUCCGCCGUGGAGACUACUAUGAUGAGUAUGACGAGUAAUACUUCGCAUCUUUACUAUGUACCUACGACCGCAGACUGCAAACUCAACAGGAGAACGUACGUGGAUGAUUUUGGUAUUCCUACUGUGACCAGAGUCAAGACUUGGACCGUGGCGACUGGUUAUAAAACAUCUACCCAAUAG